AUGUCUCAACCAAUUCCUCUCUCUCGUUUGGGGUCACCAGCUUCAUCAAGAUUUCUGACUGAGGAUCAAUCUCCGAGAAUUAUCGAAGACGUGUUCCCAACUACGCCAUUGUUCGACCAGCCUCCAGAUCAUAUAACUUCACCGUGGAAACGUGCCCUCUUCGACUUGCUCGAAUCUCCAACAUCAUCUUCGUCGGCCUUUCUCGUUCACUUUGCAUCAACUUCUCUCAUUGUAUUUUCUGCCAUCGUUACAAUCUUGGAGACCGUGCCAAGUUUUCACUCUAUUUCCCCUCGAGUAUGGUUUGGUCUAGAAACAAGUCUGGUGCUUCUUUUCACCGUAGAAUACUCCGCACGUUGUGUCGCAUGGAGCUCCUCUUGGAUCUCAUUGGUUAAAUGGAUGUUCUCCUUCUAUGGGGUCAUUGACAUGCUGGCUAUACUACCCUACUACAUUGAGAUAGUGCUGCGGCAAGAUACCUCUGUUCUGUUCCGCUUCUCCAUUCUGCGCAUGUUUCGUCUAUUGCGGGUCUUCAGGCCGUUCCGAUACAAUAGCACCAUACUUCUAACCAUCGAGGUCAUGUAUCUGGCUGUUCGUAGAUCACAUCAUGCAUUACUUGCACUUAGUUUUUUUAUUGCAAUGGUGUUGACUGUGUUCAGCACACUACUAUACUUCUCAGAGCGCGGUACUUGGGACGACAAUUUGGAAACGUUCAUUAAUUCAGACGGUGACGCAACUCAGUUCCAAUCAAUACCUGCAGCUGCUUGGUUCGUGCUAGUCACAAUUACUACAGUGGGUUAUGGAGAGAUUACACCUCGCUCUAUUCUCGGGCGCUUGAUCACAGUUCCUCUUCUUGCUUUUGGCUUGCUUCUUAUUGCCCUCCCAAGCUUCGUUCUCGGUAGAGAAUUUAGCCUGGUCUGGGAGCAGAUGGCCGAUGAUGGGGGCUUCGCACGAGAACAUGACCCUGCUUUGGCUGCUUUGGGUCACCAUCGGCUGGAAUCUCAACCUUCAGAGCCCCUAAAGGACCUUUCUAAUCGGAAGCUCGCUCAGAAUCAAACUGAGUUGAGUCAACAGAUAUCAGAACUACGAGCGACGGUGGAGAUGCAGAGCGAAAUGAUUGGGGAACUACUUGGAUAUCUUCGCGUAGAGGGAACAGCGAAAGGAAAGCGUAGGGAAAAUGUUGUUGGACGUGCUGUGAGCUAA